UUGUAUUUAUUUAAGUUGUUUCAUAUAUCUCUGGAAGAUACGUUGCCGAUAUUUUGUGUGUAAAUACAUUAGUAAUAUUUUUAAUGAGUAUAUAUACUUAACUGUGGUAAUGUAACGUUUAUGAAGCGCAUUGAGCUCUAUUUUAGCAUUUUAAUUACUACAUCAAUUAUUUUUGAUAUUGUCUUGUUUACUUCGGUAAUUUAUUGAAAGUAAAAGUGAAGUGGAAUUCGAUUAUAACGAUGCCGGAUAAAACAAUAUUUUUGGUGUAAUAAUCCAGCAAUGCCUGGUAGAUUUUCCAUCAUUUGUUGAAGUCUGGAUUAAUAGAUUAUCUUUGAAACAACACAGUUACUAUAUCUAUAAUGAAUAAAAAUAAUAAUGGAGAGUCCAAAAAAACUAAUGAUAAUACACAAGAACCUCGAAUAUCCUUCAGAUUCAAUAACAAUGUUAGAGAAUUACCAUUGUCUAAAUUUGAUAUGAUCGUAUAUAGAGAAGUAAUGAAACUUAUUGAUAAUACCGAAAUUCAAGAAAAUCUAAAUUCUGAAAAAUCUGUUCAUUCUUCAAAUGUUAAUUAUUGGACUAAGGAAUAUAAUUAUUAUUCAACCCAAGCAUAUAUUUAUGGGAAUCUUAUUAAACAAUUGGAAAAAGAUUUAAAAAUUAAUAAACAAGCUCAACCAAGGAAGAAUUUGACUUGUUCAGUGAACCAAAAUGUUAACAUAUAUUUAGAAAGUGAUCAAUCGAAAAAUAUGAAUGUUGAUCCAGAAAUAAUAGAAAUAUCAGAUAAUGAAAUUGAUCAGUCUUUAAAUAAAAAUAAACAUUCAACAAAUUCAAUGUUGGUUGAUAAAAAACAAGAAACUAAAUGCUCUUCUAUUAAUUUAGUUGGUGUAAUUGAGGAAUGUCAAAAAUUAAAAGUAAAACAUAAAAUAGACCCAAAAUCAAAAACUAGUAAUGUUACACCAAAUGAUAACAUUAACAAUAACUGCAAUAAUAAAGCACUUCCUAUUAAUUUUGAAGCUUGUACAUCAUUAAAUAAAGAAACAUGUUUACUUACAUGUACAUGUAAAUGUAAUUCUGGAUCGAAAUCAAAAACAAUGCUUAUAGACGAUAAAAUUAAUUGUGAUGAUGUUAAUUAUAAGAUCUCUACCUUUGUUGAUAUAAAAGAUAAAUGUAAAAAAAAUUGUAAUCCUGAUAUUAAAACAAGUGGCUCAAAUAAAAAUAAACGAGAAAAAUCUUUUAAUAAAACUAAUAAUCAGAAUAUACUAAAUAUUAAAAUACCCAAGUUAGCAAAAACAGGUCAAGAAUCUGCUGGUUUACAUUUAAAGAAAUCGGAAUCAAGAAAUGCCACACCAAUUUAUAACAUUAAUAAUAAUUGCAAUAUCAAAUCACUGCUUAUUAAUGUUGAAGCUUGUACAUCAUUAAACAGAAAAACAUGCCUAUCUACAUUAACCCUUAAACAUGAAUCUGCACCAAAACCAAUGUUUGUUAACAAUGAAAUCAAUAGUGAUGAUGUAAAUGAAGGUAUCUCUACAAAAAUUAGAGAUAAUAAAAUAUGUGAUUUAAGUAUUAAAAACUGUGAAAAAAUUCAUUCUAAAACUGAUGAUCAGAGUAUAAUAAAUAUUAAAAUACCAGAGUUACCAAAGACAUUACAAUAUCCUCCACCUUUUCCUGUAGAACACCUUUAUAAUUCUGAUCCAUCGUGGAAAAAUGAAUUGCCAGCACCUAUUUUAGACAUCAAAGAUCAUGAAAAUAAAGUGAUAUUAUACUGGGAUAUGAAAUUGGAUUUAAUGAUGGCAAAAAUAAAUAUGUUUGAAUUGUUUGUAUGUCGAGAGACUAACACAAUUCCUAACUCUUCGAUGUGGAUAAAAGUAGGUGAUAUUAAAGUAGAUAAAUUACCCAUGAAAUGUGACCUUAAUAAAUGUAUUAAAGGAUGUACUUACUAUUUUGCUUUGAGGGCAAUAGAUAUUCAUAAAAGAAAGGCACCUUUCACGAUAAAAAAAAUUAUAAAAUAAUUGAUUUUACCAUUUGGC